AUGGCAUCUACACAGAAGGGCACAGGCUUUCAGAUACUCAGGACAAAUAAAUCUGGGUCCAAGGUAGCACAUAGAGAGCCUGAGUUUACUAGCUCCACCUCCCAGCGGGGACACAGGUACAUUUUCAGCACAAGCCAGCAAAGUGCUGCCAUCUCUCAGAGCCCUUCUUACCCUCAAAGAGUUGAAGCUGUACCUCCCACUACUUCCUAUUCAGCAUCAUACUCUCCUCACGCUCCAUCCCCUCAGUCAGGGCCCAGCCUCUAUACAACAUCCACCCUUCGGGGAACUGAGACCCGACCACGAAUUCCCUCUUCUCAGCAAAAGAGCCAACAAGUUCAGACAGCACCUCCCCAUCCUGUGAACGUACAUCGGAAUGUCAAAGAGGGAGCAAAUCGAAGAGGGGGUGAGAUCAAGCCAGGGCGUGAGGUUGGCUGUUGCACCUCAUUGUCCCCAGAUGCCAAAUCCUCUCGCCGCUUGAGUUUCAUAGAUGAGAAGAAUAACUUAGACUUACAAAACUUACAAGAAGACCCACCUUCCAAGGUCCAGAACCCUCAAGGGGUCAGAGUUCCUCGUAGGAUUUCGUCUUACCCAAAGGAUGAAGCAGUACAAACUGAGCCCAUUGGAAAGAUUUGGACUGGUGGGGUCAGAUCUCCAAGGAGUCCCACCAGCCCAGAUCAUGGCAGCACUCACCAGGCAGUUCAUAGAAAGAGUCCGGGCCAAGAGUCACAGAUGGAUUCUCACCCCUCAAUUCUUUCAGAACCUAAAGCCUUGCAUAGGAAUAUGAAAUUGGCAUCAUCCCUUAAACUCUCUGUCCUUAGAGAUUUAGAUGGUGGACAUCGAGUUCCUCCUGUAUAUUCAGAACCCGAAUCUCUCUACAAACAUUCUGUCUACAUUGAGACCAAGCCCUCUUCAAAGGUCUUAGUAUCACCAGAUGAGCCUAGUGUGAAAUCCGCAGUCCGAGACAGUGAAGCCAGCCGCAGGGUCACCAUGUUCUCACCAGGACAGUCAGUGCAGUCAACUCUUCAUGCUACAGCUCGAGCAGUGUCUGAGAGUCCUCGAAAAUCUCUCAUGUAUGCCAUUCCACGGUCCACUCAUAAACAGCAAGUCCAAAGACCUACAGAAACUAACUACAUGUCCUCAGGGCCUGCUGUCAGGUAUCCAGAACCCUUCCAAAAGCACUCCAUUGAUGCAGAACUGGAACUGACUCCUCGGCCUUUACCCCCUCGAUCUUUACCUAAGUAUGGUCCUGAUUCCUCAUGGUGGGCCUUACUGAAUCCUCAAGGUGAAAUGCCCCAAAGCUGGACAACAACACCCAAUUUUGAGGCUAAGUCCCCUCUUGCCCUAGACAUUUCAGAGGCCCUUUAUGAAAUGGACUCAAUUUCUUUCUGUGAGGACCUGAUAUUCCAGAGGGAAAAGGCAAGCCCACCACUACCAUCAUCACCAAAGGAGUCUUCAAGCCAGUUACCAUUGAGGGAAGUGUCACAAGACCUCAAGCACACCAACAAACAACUCAAUCAAAGGUUUAAUGCUUUCUUCCUGGUGUUCUAUGCCUUUCCUGCCAGCUUCUCUGAGCUCCAAGCUAAUGACAUCGAUGAUGAUAACUCUGAUGGGCAUCAGGCAUUGACUCUUCCAGGCAAUGCUGCUUAA